CCGCCCAGUUGCUGAUUGUUCGUCGCGUCCGCCCGCGUCAACUCGCGCGUCCCUCUGUAGAGGCGCACGGAGGCGCGCUCCGGGCGCGAGUUGUUUGGGAAUAAUAACAGUUUCGGAGGUCGACGGAGGCAUCCAGGGUGUUGUGAGACUACAUCAACGGCGUCUCCGAGUGAGGAUCCGAGCUGCGGGGGGUGUUCACGGGGGCGGCGGCGGGGGGGACCGCUGCUGCUGCUGCUGCUCACUGCUGCCAGUGAAUUUUAGCUUCGGAGACCACAGCUGCGUAAACUUGGCCAGAUCUGGUGACAUUGUAGGCUCUGUGCGUGCGUGCUUGUGUGUGCGUGUGUGUGUGUGUGUGUGCGUGUUUGUGUGAGCAGCCUGGAUGGAUAUGCGGCUCACCGAGGGAAUUUAAAAAUCAAGGGGGGGGGGAUUACUAUCAGUCCCUCUCCUUCUAUAACCUCAAAAUGGAUGCCGACGACAGCCUGUGGAGACGCCAGUGGAUUAGCCACUCUUCCGCCCAUCUGCUUGACAUCUGAGCGACGCAAGCGUUCAAAGUUUGGAUAAUCAGAGAGAAGAAGAGAAGGGAAGACAAGGCUGACAAGGUGUAGGAUGCAGUCUGGGGCGAAGACGCUCUCCGCAGGUGGAGGUGCGUCACUCUGCUGCCUGCUGCUCCUCUGGCUCAUCUACUCCCAUCUGCUCAGAGAGGGCCAGUUGGCGGUGGGAACCUGCGAGAUCGUGAUGCUCAACAGAGACAGCAGCGUCCCACGUCGCACCAUCGCAAGGCAGACGGCCCGCUGCGCCUGCCGGAGAGGCCAGAUCGCCGGCACCACCAGGGCGAGGCCGGCAUGUGUAGACGCGCGAAUCGUGCGGAGCCGUCAGUGGUGCGAGAUGGCUCCCUGCCUGGAGGGGGAGGUCUGCAGCUACCUGUUCAACCGAUCCGGCUGGACCUGCACCAGGGGCAGCGGGCGCAUCAAGACCGUCACGCCUUUGCCCAAGGAGCCGUCGUAGGAUGCAGAGAAAACAGCAAGUAUCAGAUUCAUUGUCGUCAUCCAUGUGCUACAAAAGGAAAGAUCAAUCUCUACACCAGAACAUUGUGUCCAUUCCCCAACGAGAUUCCCAACCUUAACACCAGGUUUGACCUUCAAUACUAAAAUAAAUAAAUAGUGAUAAUCCAGAGUUCCACAAAUCGCCACAGUGACACUUCUGAGGAGCCUCGAGUGAGCAGCAUGGUCCUCCGUCGGCAUUGAAUCUUCACUGCAACCAAAUUUGUGGACUAAUCACAGAACUGAAACCCCUGUGAGGAGCAUCGAUCAGCGGGCCGGUGGAAUAUUCAUUGACGUACCUCAACGUUUGCUUUUGUUCGUGUUAUCCGACAUCGGCUUCUGGAAGAUUUCUUUUGUACCUUUGUGGCUUGACUUCGACUUGUUAGAAGGUCUUUCAGAAGUCGAUCCCGUUCAUCUUCUUUAUAUCCCUGCCAUGAGGGCGUCCAGGGUUCUACUCCGGCCAAGUCUCCUUGCCGACAGCUUACUGCUGGAGAGUAAUGACUCUGCAGGGGUCGAGCCAGCCCGUAUUGUCCUUUGGAUUCUUUCUCUCAUUUGGCGGACGGGUGAAACUUUACACCUCUGCAUAUACACACACGCACACACACACACACACACACAGGACGGAAGGUUGUGAGAAAACCACGGAGGUCUGUUGGAACGUCACAGAAGGGGCGACAGAGAUGAGUUAACUUCAUGACAGAGGUCACCAUGGUGAAAUGUGGUCAUUUCGAGGGUCUAAGCUUAUAACUUUAUGUGGUGCCAACAUAGGAUAGAACAUUAGUUUUUGUCAAUGAACCUCACACAUCUUGUACACACCACCGGGAGCAUUUAGCAGAUGUGAACCUCUGGCUCAUGUUAAUGGUCUGUUUGUUUGUGCGCACGUGUUUUCGCAUCCCUCCAUGUGGGAAUAUAUUCGGCUGCGCGCUUGUGUGAGUGCACAUCCAGAGAUACACUGUGAAAUAAGUCCUGUCCAAUGCAUCACUCAUAAACUUGUAUAUUUUGGGGACAGACCAGAGUUCACCAUCUGGCAAGAGAAGCAUUUUUUGGCAGAUGUUGGUUGCAUUUGAAUGUUCAUGUGUGAAUCCCUGGUAUUGCCUAUUCUUUUCGUGUGUUUUAUGGAGUACAUAGAGAUAUUUAUAUUGAAGGUGAGGGGGGGGGGGGGGGUUGGGACAGAUCUGCAGUGUGACGCGUAAGUUAAACUCUGUAAUUAAAAUCAGUUCAUGCGUGAUUAAAUGUAUUCAGAAUCCAUAUCUAAAUUGGUUAUAUUUUGAUAUGAAAUGUUUUGGCCAGCUGGACGUGCUAUUUGAUGAUUUCAUAUGCUUGAUAUAUUUGAAACGAUGUAUAUAUACAUAUAUAUAUAUAUAUUCAAUUAAUGUAUUUUCUGUUCUGUGGGUCUCAUUUCAACCAGAGGUAAUGCAAAGGAGAAGCACAAGAGGCAUUCUUCUAGGAAAUGCAAGAGGUGGACAAAUUAACACGAACACCAGCCAAGAUAUUACGAAAAUACAAUGAAAAUGAAACUUAAUUACCCUAAAGUCUUAAAAGAAAUAGCCUUCACAUAGCAAUUGUUUGUUUCAGGGCAAUUACAAUAGUUCUGCACAGGUGUUCCUGUUAAUGUGUCUACACCCUUUUUUUAUUUUUUAAUUCUUUGUACUAAAACAUUGUGUACAACUCCAUCUUAAUGUAUGCGUUUGAGGAUAUAAAGAGAGCGUCCGCUCCCGGGAGCUGAGCAGUGUGUAUUGGCUGUGUGUGCGUGUCUGUUUUCCAAAUCAGCAGUGGUCUGUGAGUAUAAAAAUACCAAUUUCCACAGGAUCCCGUACCUUUUGAUUUCAGGCUGCCUUUAUCUACAGCGUCGCCGUAAAUGAAAGGCCCCCUUUGAGUGAUUGUCAACGCAGGAACUGCUGCGGCGAGCCGGACGCGCAGCCCGGCAAAGGUAGAUUAAAUCUAGACUUUAGCUAAAUCUAUGAAAAGAAACAAUAAAUAUCUGGACCUCUACUUGCAAAAUGGUCUAAAGGAAUUGGGUGGGAAUUUAUACCAGCAUAUAUAACGAAAAUAGCACAGAGUGACUCUCCCUGGAUGGGCCUGUAAAUGCUUUUUGGGGGUCUACAUGUAAAAAUGGUGUUCUUUUAUUUCCCACAGCUCUUAUUUUGGAUGACGAUUUGCUUGAAAACUACAGAAGUACAGCUCACCACACAAAGUGUAACAAUAAAAUAAGAAAGAACAAAGUGUUCCUGUGCAGACUAAAAUUAGACUGGGAAACACUUUCUAUGAAGCUGGUGUGUAUCAUGUACUUUAAUGUGAGCUUCUCAGUAAUAGUUUAUAACAGCAGCAUAUUGCAUUACGUUACGACGUUUUUAGUUGUUCAUAUGAAGGAUUAUUCAACGUUCUGGUGUGCAGUUAUUGAAGAAUAACACACAAAGCGCAGGUACGGCAAUAUAACGCACAAUGUGUUUUUGCAUGAUACGUCAUGAUCAUACCUUCUUACAUCAUUGAUGCUCAACAAAUAUAAAAUAAAUGUUUAGUAUUUAUUCUGUCAGAGUUUUUUUUAGGGGAAAACAUAAACCACCAACAUUUAGUUUUUGAGUUAAUCUCCCAGCUGCAGGCAUCACUUUACUACGUAAAGUAGCAGGAGAAGUCAGCGUGUUGUGACCAUUGGAACCAGCUGCCCUCCAGACAUCGGUGUUUAUUCAGAAAAGUGAUGAGUUUGCUCUGUCACACCUUAAAAAAACAUUAGAAUGAUUUGGAUGUUGGACAUAAUCAUUGUUGUUCAUAAUAGCUCGACCCAAUUUGCAUGAAAAGUUGUAAUGUUUUUUGCCCACGGUGAUGCUUUCCGUAAUGUUUUAUUUUAUAGGUAUGGAAGUGGCUGGAAAACAUUUUGUAUCCUCCCUGUUUUAUCUCGUUUUAUUUUACAAAAAAUGACUGAAACUGUUUUUUAAAUUAAACUUUAUUUCAUUAAAGAAAA